AACUCUGCGUUCCGGCAGGCAGUUCGCAACUCAAGCUCCUAAUAAAGACGGUCUUUUCCCAGCUCCUUCAUCAAGACUGAAACUCACCUAAGGUACCUUACGCUUCCUAGGACGAUGCGCGGCUCUCUCCCCCGCCGACUGCGGUCUCCCCGCCUCCCAGUUCCUGUCCUCCGGUGCGCCUUUUCCUCGGCCGCGCUUGCGCAUCCAAUUCCGGAAUCCACCCCGGAAGCCGAGCCAUCUAAACCGCCAACACAGCAGCAACAGCAAUCACCACCAGUCAACCAGAAUGCCGCUUCUCCCGACUCCGAAACCACCACCACCACAGCGCACACCACCAGCCCGCCAAUAAACCCACCGCUAAUCUACCCGUCCGCCCCGUCGCCGCACCACACCGACCUCCCCACCUUCCUCGCCUACGCAGAGCGCACAAACCUCGACCCGUCCUCCACAGUCUACGUAGGCACGCACUUCGAGUACACCGUGUCCGACACGCUCGCGCGGUUCGGCCUUCAUCUGCGACGGGUCGGCGGCGUCUCGGACUGCGGCAUCGACCUGCUCGGCACGUGGUCCGUCCCCUCUUACCCGAGGCGGGCGCGUCCGCUGCGGGUGUUGGCGCAGUGCAAGGCGGUGCAGCGGCCCGGUCCGCACCUGGUUCGGGAGCUGGAAGGCGCGUUCGUCGGGGCGCCGGCCGGGUGGAGGGGCCCGGUUGGUGUGGUGGGGCUGUUGGUGACGGAGAAGCCCGCGACCAAGGGGAUACGGGACGCGCUGGGCCGGAGUACGUGGCCCAUGGGGUUUGUGGCGUGCUCGAGGGAGGGCAGGGUGCAGCAGUUUCUCUGGAAUCAGAGGGCUAGGGAAGAGGGGUUGGAGGAGUUGGGUGUUACGGCCAGGCAUGUUAACGGGGAUGGUGAGGGAGAACCGGAGACGGAGUUGGUGUUGACUUGGAGGGGCAAGACACUGCCUUUCGGGUCCCGGGGAGAGACUGGGAGUUGACGGAUGGCUUGCUGUCGUGAUACAGUGAGUGACGGUGCGAACAAAAUUCCGGUCCUUGAGCGAUGGGGAUGGAACUCCGGUAUGCUACUGGAAGAGAGCUUGGGACUGGCAACUGACGUUGGCAGGAUGGACUACAACAUGCCACACGUCAUCGGCUCUAUUCCAGCGCCAUCUUGCCCCUCACAACAAUUCCAGGUUGAAUAUC